GUGCAGUUUUACGCUUUCAAUUUUUAUAUUAGUAGAGUAUUAUUGUUAUUUCUGCUGUCAAUUGUGAUUUUUCUUCUUUUUCUUCUUCCUCGUUGUAGUCUGUGCUGUUCGUUGUUGGUGCCCUAGAUUGGACGGCUGGGAUUGAUUGAUGAUCGAUCGAGUGGUGUGAGGAGUUUCAAAGGUGCAGGGAAGAUACCAUACUUACCUCUCUCUCUCUCUCUCUCUCUCAAUAUAUAUAGAUAUAAGAUAGAAGAUCAUGGGAUCGGAAUCUGCUUCUUCGUCGUCGUCUUCGUCUUCUUCAGCUCAGUAUAUACAUAUGGUGCAGCACCUGAUAGAAGAGUGCAUAGUGUUCAAGAUGAGCAAAGAGGAGUGCAUGGAAGCCCUUUCCAAACAUGCAAAUAUCACCCCAGUCAUUACAUCUACAGUGUGGAAGGAGCUGGAGAAAGAGAACAAGGAGUUCUUCGAGGCCUACGCAAAGAAGAUAUCAUCAUCUUCAUCAACAACGCAGAUAACUAAAAGUGCAGAAUAAUUCGAUUAGAUUAUAUAUAUAUAUAUAUUAAUUAAAAAAAUAUCUGAUCGAUCGAUUGAUCAAGCAGUAGGAGUAUGACUGUAUGAGUGUGAGUAUGCAGCAGCUGUGAUCUGAUGUUAAAUAAAUAAAUAAUAUAUAUAUAUAUAUAUAUAUGACGAUGGAGGUAGGUGGUUGGGCAAUUAGGACAGCGAUGUAUGAGAAUGGAUACAGCAGUACCCAACACCCGUCGCUAUCGUCGCCUAUAUAGGCUCUUAUAUAUAAUCAUUUAAUACUACCUCUGUCUAUUAUUAAUUCAUAUAAAUUGGUGAAUAAAUAAAUAUAUUAAUUA